AUGAAACUUUCCGCCGCCACUUUAACCGUCGCUUCAUUGAUCGGUUGCAGCACCAUCGCUUCCGCUUUGCCGUAUGCGGCAGAUAUUGACACUGGAUGUACUACUACUGCCCAUGGUUCCCACCAGCAUAAGAGAGCCGUUGCUGUUACGUACAUUUACGAAACGGUCGUUGUCGAUAAAAACGGUCAAACCGUCACCCCAUCUUCAACUGAAACCUCUCCUACAUUUUCUUCCACUACCACUUUGGUUCCUGAAUCCUCGGUUGCCAAGUCAUCUGCCAAAGUUGCUUCUUCCUCAGGAGUUACUGAACAAGCUUCCAGCACUGUUAUCACUUCGUCUUCUGCUUUAGCGACUUUUACAUCUUCAGAAGCUUCCACCAUUGAAUCUUCUGUAUCCGUUUCAACUUCCGGGGCAGUCGCCACAUCUUCUGCUGUUUCCAGUGCUUCUUCUAGCGCAAGUGGAAGCAUCUACGGUGAUUUGGCUGAUUUUUCAGGUCCAAAUGAAAAAUUUGAAGACGGCACUAUUCCAUGCGACCAAUUUCCAUCCGGCCAAGGUGUUAUUCCCAUCAGCUGGUUGGAUGAAGGUAGCUGGUCCGGUGUUGAGAACAGUGAUACUUCUACUGGCGGUUCAUGUAAAGAAGGGUCUUACUGUUCGUACGCUUGUCAACCAGGUAUGUCCAAGACACAGUGGCCUUCCGACCAACCAUCUGAUGGUAGAUCCAUUGGUGGUUUAUUGUGUAAGAAUGGCUACUUGUACCGUUCAAACACGGAUACAGACUAUUUAUGUGAGUGGGGCGUUGAUGCCGCUUACGUCGUCUCUGAAUUGAGCGAUGACGUUGCUAUAUGUAGAACUGAUUACCCGGGUACUGAAAACAUGGUAAUUCCGACCUAUGUACAAGCUGGCGACUCUUUGCCCUUGACGGUCGUUGACCAGGAUACUUACUAUACUUGGCAAGGGUUGAAGACAUCCGCGCAAUACUACGUUAACAAUGCCGGUAUAUCUGUCGAAGAUGCUUGUGUUUGGGGUUCUUCAAGCUCAGGUGUCGGUAAUUGGGCUCCAUUGAACUUUGGUGCAGGUUCUUCUGACGGUGUUGCCUACCUUUCUUUGAUCCCUAAUCCAAACAACGGUAACGCGUUGAAUUUCAAUGUCAAGAUUGUUGCCGCUGAUGACUCUUCUACAGUCAUCGGUGAAUGUAUCUAUGAAAACGGUAGCUUCAGCGGUGGUUCCGAUGGUUGCACCGUUUCUGUUACCGCUGGCAAGGCCAAGUUUGUUCUAUACAACUAA